UUCGUAGUUCCUCUCCCGUUUUUGUGUUUUUCGGAUCGUGCUUUUUGUAGAAUCAAAAGCUUCACCUUAGAAUCAUUUAUUUAAGAAAAUCAAUUAUAUUUGAGACUUGUCCAAAUCAAUUCUACAACUCCAGAAUCAGAUUUAGCUUCUAUGAAAGUGGAACCAGUAAGUUGAAAAAAAACUGUUACUAAGCAGACACAUAUGCCGAUACCAGACACAGGCAUGUCAACACCGGUCAAUACUGAGCUCUCUCAAAAGUAAUUAUUAUCGAAAAAUAUCGUUCAAAGUUCUUCCUUCGUUUUACUGGAAACUGCUGCCUCAAAAGUUUUUUUACUCGAUGUUAUUCAACUUAGAGAAAUCUGCAGCCAAAACAAUUAGAAAGUUGCUCAAGCCUUUUGAAGAAUCAAUCUUGCACUAUAGCUACACAAUCCCCAGUUUUCCUUUCUCGCACAUUCAGAGGUAUAGUUAUGUGAAUGUGUACAUGAAAUGGAAAAAGGAUUCAUACUAUGACUCGAUUGAGCACAUUCAUCACUCGAUUCAGCUGAAGCCCGUAAUUGCCUUAAAAAACUGCAUCACCCAGGACCCGAAUGGGUGCAUCCCUAUCUCUGCAGUAUCUAAGAGGGGAUUACAGUUAGAUGUGCCAGUGAAGGUUGCAAGAUUUAUGAGGCAAUAUCCAUCUAUUUUUGAAGAGUUUACAGGUCCCGAGUAUAACCAUCCUUGGUUUAGGUUGACAUCUGAAGCUGCUGAGAUUGACAGGGAUGAGAAAAGAGUAUAUGAAGAAAGCAGGGAGGAGUUACGAUCCAGGUUGAGGAAGAUGAUAUUGAUGACGAAAGAGAAUGUUCUACCUUUAAAGAUAAUUCAAGGGAUGCUAUGGUAUUUGGGGUUGCCAAAUGAUUUUUUGCAGCACGCGGAACAAAAUCUUGAUGAAUCUUUUAGGUUUGUAGAAAUGGAAGAUGGACUGAAGGGGCUGGCUCUUGAAAGCAGAGAGAAAGUUUAUUCUAUAAUGGAGAAGAAUGCCAUGAAAAGAGCCACUCAUGUAAUUGAAUUUCCUUUUUUUCCAUCAAAGGCUUUAAGGGUGAAAAGCAAGAUUGAAAACUGGCUACAUGAGUUUCAGAAGCUACCAUAUAUUUCACCAUAUGAAGAUUUCUCGAAUUUGGAUCCAAACAGUGAUAUAGCAGAGAAAAGACUUAUUGGAGUUCUUCACGAACUGCUUUCCCUAUUUAUCGAUCAUUCAGCCGAACGAAGAAAGCUCCUUUGCCUCAAGAAGUAUUUUGGCUUUCCACAGAAAGUGCACAGAGCAUUCGAGCGGCAUCCCCAUAUGUUUUACAUGUCUUUCAGGAAUAAAACAUGUACUGUCAUUCUUAAGGAAGCUUACUGCAAUGAAUCGGCUAUCGGAAAGCAUCCUCUAUUGAGCGUUAGGAAGAAAUAUAUCAAGUUGAUGAAGGAAUCAGAAGUGAUUUUGAGGAACAGGAGGAUGAAAAAUCGAUUUUCUAAUUGUAGUGAAAAACUCAUGUUAGAAUCAAAUGAUCUCGAACAAGGGGGACAUGAGAUUGGAGGUUUUUCCUUGGAGUAGGUUCAUAUAAAUUUUUUGUAAAAUAAGAAAGAAAAACUUCAAAAGUUGCUUUAUAAAAAAGGCAGAUGAGAGAGGUUUUCACACUUGUGAGGGAAAAUAUGUAUGAUUGAAAACAAUAUAAAAUUGAAUAUUAUUGAUUGUGUUUGAGUGUUA